ACCAUGCUCACCAAGACCCUCAUUUUAUCAUCGACUUACCCCACCGAACUCACGCCACCUGGCAGCCUCAAUUCUCACCACCGCUACCGCCGUCAGAUCACCAUCUCACUGCACGUCGCUAGCCUGUUGACCAGCCUCGUGGCGAUAUCUCUUUUCGCCGCUGCCAUCCCACGAUGGAACGCCAAUUUCUUCCACAACUCGGGACCCAACCAGGGCGACUGGACCGACGGCUUCUCGCUGGGACCCCUGUCCUUCGCAUUCCUCUAUCACGCCAGCGUCCUGAUCUAUGACCAGGUUCAGCAACGCCGACGCCAAACACCAGCCUUGCCAUCCCUGUCUCGCCGUUCGCUCAUCGUCCACACCGCAGUGACGGUCCUGAUCCUGACCAUCAUGGUUCCAGCCUUGUUCAUCGCCGGGUACGGCUCACUGUUCCGAUUCUGGCGACCAGCCGUGCGCACUCAGUCGGGGAUCUUGGUCUGCAACAUGCUCAACGUCUUUGCCCGUGAGUGCGAGCCCGUCCUGUACGCCGUGGGAAGCCUUCAGAUUGGCGCCAUCGUCUGUGGCACAUUCCUCUGGGUCCUCCACUUCAUGCUGCUGCUCCUCUCCCUCCGGGACAUGAGGAGACAGCGUCUUGUCAAGCAGCUGCAAAAGGAGAAGUUGGCCCAGUACGACAGUGCUUCUGAGAGAAGUGUCAGGGUCUCCUCAUCGAGAGGGCAGAGGUCGUCC